AUGUUGACUUACUUACCAGAAGAUGUGAUAGUGAAAAUCCUGGAGAGGCUGCUGCCGAUCAAGUCCCUUAUUCGCUUCACAUGCGUUUUGAAGCGUUGGAAGUUCUUCAUAUUGUCUGACCCACAAUUCGCUAAAUCGCAUUUUCAGAUAGCUUCUCAGCAGCAAACACUGAGUUACAGACUCCUCAUCUUCUCACCAUUCUCCAAAUCUGGAUUCGAAUCCCUAGACUUUAACACGCCUUCUUCUUCGUCGAGAGAGCUUAUAUGCCCAUUCAGGUUAACCAAAACCGUGGUUAAUAUAUAUUUUUCCGGUUUUGGCUAUGUGUCGGCUAUUGACGACUACAAAGUUCUCAUAGUCCGCAAUAAUGAUCACCGGGCUGGAGUCUUCUCAUUAAGAGCCAACACCUGGAAAAUAAUUGAAUGCUUUUCCCCUAGCGGGUUGCACCUUGAUGAGAAUGAUGGGGUUCUUUUACAUGAGGCACUUCAUUGGUUCGACUUUGAGAAACUUGAUAUUGUUGCAUUUGAUUUAGCAAAGGAGGAGUUCCGACGAAUGUCGAUGCCUGCUGUUGAUUACCAUUAUGAAAGAUAUGUUUGGGAAAAUUUUGGGUACACACUUCAAUUCUGGGGCCUUCUUCUAGAGGAUGCUUGUGUGCAUUCGAUUAUUCAGAUACUUAUAAUGCUGGAUGUAUUGAUUUGUGGAUCAUGA